AUGACUGCUCUCUUGAGAGGACUAUCAUCAUCAAUCGAGGCCAAGGCUGGAAACGUGAACACGAGGCAAAUUGACAAAAUCUUUGCACGUUGCAGGGGAACAGGAGAGAAGAUUGUUCAUCCUGAGCACGCAGGCAUUACCGCAUCCGCAUCCGCAUUCCCAGUCCAUCCACAGGCGCAACCCAACUGUAGUCUUAACUCGACCCUGCGCUGUGCGACCGAGAUUAUGGCCGUCGACCUCAAGCUCCCUCCUGUUCCCGCAGACCUCAAGCACGUUGUCCCCUUUUGCACUCGCGCCCAGGAGGUCCGUGCGAGAGACACUAUCGUCUGCUACUGGAGUCUCUACUAUGUUGCACAGCUCGCACUCAAGCGCACACAGACCCCCGAGAACCAGGCAUUCCUCGCCGCCGUUGUUGAGCAGCUCGAGGCAAUGAAGCGAUCGCUCAGGAAUCGACGACAUAUCACCGACGAAGCUGCUGGCAGUCUCUACGUCCGGCGAUUUGGUUACAACGUCUACAACGCCGCCAUCAACGAAGAUGCCCAAGGCCAGGCCAAUAGGUCUACUGCAAAGAAGUUUCUGGCGGCGUCAUACUUUCUUGAAAUUCUCAAAGUCUUUGGGCAGCUUGACCCACAGGUGGAAGAGACGAUCAAACACGCUAGAUCCAAGGCAAACGAUAUUGUCCGUGUUCUGAGGGAAGGAGCCACGCCUAUUGCUGCUGCGCCUCCUGCUGGUCGGUCAACCCCUAAUGGCUACACAAACCCCGUCGUAUUAUCUGGCCGACCAUCUACAUUUGCAUCCCCUGUCGAGUCGCCAACUGCUGCAACUCGUAAAGGCUUUUCGUUUCCCCAGGCCAAUUACCCGCCUCCUCCCACCGAUGCCGGCUCUGGCAGUCCCGUUUCUCCGCGCUUUGCCCAACCCCCGCCUCCUAUGUUCGUCAAUCCACGGAGACAGGCUCAGGCUCAAGCACAAGCACAAGCGCAGGAACGACAAGAGAUCGCGAGACCCGAAAAUGUCGCACUUCCGUCUUCCGGAUCUAGCGCUCAGAUUCCGCUCCCCGAUCCCACCUCACCGAGAAAACUCCAAUCUCCAGUGCGCGAGCGUUCUCCUCUUGCCUAUGUUGGCCCAACUGUCGCCCGCAACGCCCAAAACGCGUCCAAACCCCCUAGUCCGCCUCCGAAGCCUCCCACACCCACCAUCAAACCUCCCAGCCCCAAGCCUAUCAGUCCCAAAUCUGCCAGCCCUGUCAAGGCAACGGUGCCGAUUAUCCCGGUAACUUCUCCGGUGAUCCAGCAGUCCCCACAGGAAUGGCCGGCCUCGACCAUCAUCUUGACGCGCCCGCCGGGUCCAACAGAAUGGCCCCAGCACGCGCUCGUGUCGCCAAGUAUAGGAUCGUCAGCAUCUGUCGAUAGCGCUGAAACUUUCACCUCAUCUCAACUACGGACGGUGAUCAAAAGCGCCUCGACAGCUCCACGUGCGUCUUCGCCGGUCAAAAGUGAAUCUGCCGCCUCGACCGAGGAAGAAACAGACUCGCAGGUGUCCGAGACCGAGGACGAAACCGAAGAUGAUCACGACCAGGAUCAAGAUGAUGACGAAAGUGUAGCCGAGUCAACGCUCAUGCCCGUCCUCACGGUCGUAGAUAAUCUCGCGCCCAAGCUUGAGAUUCCGGGGGCCCAGGCUAUUGCAGACGAAUGGGGGUUUGGACGUGAGAUGACCGAGGCCAUCGGGAAGCUUACGCGUGCGCCUGCACCUUAUCGCACGUCUCCCCCCUCCACAAGUCGAGCCUCGCCUGAAUCUAGCUCUCGUGCUUCACCUGUAUCCGUCUCGUGCUUCACCCAUAUCCACGUCCCGCGCUUCACCCAUAUCCACAUCUCGCGCGUCACCUCUAUCUUCAUAUCGCACGUCACCCAUAUUGGCAUCUCGUGCCUCGCCGUUGUCUGUUGCGAUCGCCUGCUCAACCUUCCCCUACGACUCCAAACAUGCGAGCCUAUUCCCCCACGACGAUUUCUCCGUGUCAUUGCACCAGUCGUUCAAAUCGGCCGCGGAGGUUAUGACUUUUCGUUCUCCAAGUUUGAUCGCGGCCAGGAGCGCGAGCUGAUUGACGUCGAAGGCGGGGAUGACGAGGACAUCGGCAGCGGGUCUUCGAUGUCCUCUUUCUCCAGUGGGUCCGAGGACGAAGUCGAGGCAGACGAUGCCAAGGAGGGCUCUGACAGGAGCGACGGGAGCACCUCUGAGGAAGACAGUCCGGUUCGCGCCAGCGUAGUAGGAGGGCUCAGCCCCGAGGUUCGCAAGCAGGUACUCCCCCCACCGGCUUCAACUCGCUCAUCUCCGUCCCUCCAAAUCGUCCCCACGUCGGCUGUUCCCCAGCCGCUGGCCAGGCCGCCGACUACUCGGUCCUCGUCGUAUGACAGUUACCAACCUUCAAUCAGGAGCCCCGACUCGCCGAUGUAUGGCCCUUCUCGCCCACCCAUCGAUGGUGAAUUCGCUAUUAUCCCGUAUCAUCCUUCCAUGUCUGCUUCCCACCCUGCUCCAGCUGUGCACAACAACCCAGCGUAUGCUCCGACGGCCAACAACGCGUUGGUGCGCACCACCUGGACGUCGUCGCCCACUCAAGGCCCAAGUGCACCCCCCCACCGCGUUCAAGUCGAUCGCGAGACAGCUUCGUUGGCGCAAAAGUACUCGCGCUUCGCGAUCUCGUCGUUGAACUAUAUGGACAUCGAGGCUGCGAAGAAGGAGUUGCGCGCUGCGCUUACACUGCUCGAGGGCGGAGACAUGUACUAA